GUUGGAACACUAUUCCUGAUUGCUGAUUUUUGAAUUAAUUCAACUCUAAUCACCUCCUAACGGCUAAUUAACAUCUUCCACUAUAAAUAUAGGCCUAAUAUUUCUUAUUUUAACAAGAAACAAAGCUCUAAACAUCCUCCCUUUACAUUCUAAGUGUGUUCAUUCUUUUAUUAAUUAUUUUCAAUAUUUUGGCUAUUUCAAGAGCCUUAAAUUCCUGAUUUUUAUACAAACACUUUGAGCUUGUGUUUCUAGUUACAUACUCUCAUAUUCAUAAGUUUGAAUUGUAUUUUUGAGAGAGUAUACUUUCCUUCUACACCGGCUAAGUUUUGUUCUUCAUUUUUAUAUUCUAGCCGUUGUGUAGAAUCCUCUUUUGUGUUUUUCAAACACUUCUUUAUACGAUCUAGAAUAGCCGUUAAAUUCUCAUAUUGUAUCGGUCAAGGAUAGCCGUAUAAAUCCUUGUGUAAAGGUUCAAGGAUAGCCUUGGAAAUCCUUGGGGGAACGGUAGAAGAUAGCCGUUAAAUCCUUGGCAAGGGUUGUUUGCCAAAACUAGUCCCGUGCUUUGACGGAGUUCAAGAGGCCGAGACUUAGUGGAUUCGGAAAUCCUUGAGGAGGAGCCUCGAGAAAUGGCCCAAAUGGAUUCCCAAAGCAUCCACCGCCCUCCAUUUUUUAAUGCUCAAAACUAUUCUUAUUGGAAAAUGCGGAUGGAAUACUUCAUUCAAUCAAUUGAUUUUGAUUUAUGGUUGAAUGUACUUCACGGGCCAUUUGUGCCGAGUAUUGGUAAUCUUGCAGGAUUAUCUCCGGAGGAUAAAAGAAAGUUAUCAAUGAAUGCAAAGGCAAUUAACAUCCUCCAUUGCUCCCUCGGUCCCGAUGAAUUUGCAAGAGUGAGUACGUGCAAAACUGCCAAAGAAGUAUGGGAUCUAUUAGAAGCCACUCACGAAGGGGAUGUCUCGACAAAGCAAACAAUGAUUGCCCUUGGGAACGCCGAAUACGAAUCCUUCAAGAAAGGACCAUGUGAGACAAUCCAAGAUAUGAACAAGAGGUUCAAUGAGAUUGUCCACAAAUUGAGUAAGUUGGGUAAGACGUAUACUACUUCCGAGCUUAAUACGAAAAUUCUAUUUUCUUUACCUAAAGAAUGGCAUAGUAGUAUAGUGGAUUUAUUACCCAAAUGUGAUAAGGCCGAAACCGCCCACAUUUGGUCUUCCUUAUAUUCUCAUGAGCUUUUGUUGAGAAAGAUCAAAGAGGAAGAAAUGCAUGAAAAUCCCAAGCUUACCAACGCCUUCAAAGCUUCAAAAGACUCGUCUAGUGAACAGUCAAGUAAAUCAAGUGAUGAUUCAAGUGACUCAAGCUCUACGGAAGAGUCGGAUGAUGAAGAAGACGAAGAGAAGGAAAUGAGAAAGAAGUAUACGGAUUUCCUCAAAUGGAAGAAGUAUGUGAAGAGGAAAGAAACGUAUAAAAAGCCAAAGAAAGAGCGGAAUAAGCCAAGGUAAAUUCUUAUCACUUAUUGGGAUAAGAUAUUAUUUUGUUUGGUUUUAAUUAUUUUUCAAAAAUAAAACCUUAUCCCAUAUGUGCUUUUAUUUGUUUUAGCCUUGGUUUGCAUGAUUAAAUAUUUUUUAAAUUCAUCUUUAAAUCAUGCUUUUUGGAAAAUGAUCCCUAAAAAUCCCUGAAAAAUAAAGUUUUUAAACUUGCAUCAUUUUAGGGGGAGUUUUUAUCUUUAUGAGGAGUUUUGUUGUAAAUGCACCUUUUGCCCAAUGAUUUCCAAACUAUCAUUUCUUAAUUUAUUUUGAUAGGGGGAGGGUUUCAAGAAGUUAUACAUGGUUAAAAUUUUCAAAAUGCCCUUUUUGAUUUUGACAAAAGGGGGAGAAGAUGUAUACUUCAAAGUGGUGCAUAGGCAACUUGAUUUGAGUGCAUUCUUGUGUAACUAAUUGCAUCUAACUUAAACUUUCAUAAACACAAGAAAAAGUUCAAAGUGAGUAUUUUCAAUAUGCAUAUUCUUAGGGGGGAGCUUGCUUGCUUCAUUAUUUUACUCCCGUCUAACUCACUUUGAAGUAUAUUGUUUGUCAACAUCAAAAAGGGGGAGAUUGUUAGCCUUGGUUUGCUAAGCCUCAUGUUUUGAUGUUAACAAACAAUAUAAGAGCUUGACGUUUGUUUAAGUGUUUCAGGUACAACAAGAAUCCAUUAAGAUUCGGUUCUCAAGAAUGAAGUCGAAACACUAAACUAGCGCAGAAUUUAGGUAGAAACCGAUGUAAGGAUAUGAUUUUAUAUACCAAUAUUCAAAAGCUCAAAAACACUCACAAAAUAUGUUUAAAACCCUUUUAUAAUCAUUUUCAAACAUUUAAAAGGUUUUAAACAAAAUUGGAAAUGAUUU